AACCACUUGUGUUAUAUUUGCAACACCCACUCUUGAUAUUUUAAUAUAUAUAGCUAGCUCUAUAUAUCAUAAUCUCAUAUAGCUUUUGAGCUAGAGAGAAGAAGAGGAGGGUAACCAUGGGAGAAAUGGUGGAACCAGAUUAUAGACAGGUGAUGCCUCUCUCACCUUCACCUUCACCUUCCAAUACCAAAACACUAGAAGGGCUAAUGGAAGUGAUAACCAUUAAAGACAGUACUGAUCCCUCAAAAGAGAGUACUACUAAAUCUACCAAUUUGCAAGGUCACCAGCAGAAUCCACAGGAAGCUUGGCUCCCCAUCACAGAGACCAGGAAUGGCAAUUCCAUUUUUGCAAUGUUUCAUUUACUCUGCUCAGGAAUUGGAUUCCAAGCUCUUUUCCUUCCUGUUGCAUUUGCCACCCUCGGAUGGGCUUGGGGAAUCAUAUGUUUGUCACUUGCAUUUGCGUGGCAGCUCUAUACCAUAUUUAUUUUGGUCCAAUUACAUGAAUUAGUUCCGGGAAUUCGCUACAGCAGAUACCUCCAACUUGCUAUAGUUUCUUUUGGUCCAAAACUAGGGAAGUUGCUUGCAUUAUUUCCAGUGAUGUAUUCAUCAGGGGGCGCUUGUGUCAUUAUGAUUAUUAAUGGAGGUCGCACCUUGGACCUCUUAUUCAAAACCAUUUGUGAUCAUGAGGCCACAUGCCAUGUCCAGUCAUUGACAGGUAUAGAGCGGUUCUUGGUGUUCACGUGUGUAGCAAUACUUGUAGCUCAACUACCCAACCUAAACUCGAUGGUUGGGGUGUCUCUAAUUGGGGCCAUUACAGCCAUUGGAUAUUGUACAUUGAUUUUGGUUCUCUCAAUCACCAAGGGUAGGCCCAUAGACAUAUCCUAUGGUCAAUUUGAUGUGGCGAAAUCUAACAUGGAAAAAAUCAGUGAUAUAUUGAAUGCACUUGGGAUCAUUGCCCUUGCAUUUAGAGGGCAUAAUCUUAUCCUUGAGAUACAGGGAACAUUGCCUUCAAAUCAAAGACACACAUCCUAUAAGCCAAUGUGCGUAGGAGUGACAAUAUCAUAUAUAGUAAUCGCAAUGUGCCAAUUUCCCCUCGCAAUAGUUGGAUUUUGGGCAUAUGGAAACAAGGUACCAUUUAGUGGAGGAUUGUUGAGUGCAUUUUCACAAAUCCAUGGAGCCAACACCCCAAAGUUAAUUAUGGGCUCAAUUUAUCUACUGGUAUUGGUGAACUAUUUAUGUGCAUUCCAAGUUUACGCCAGGCCAGUUUUUGACAACUUGGAAAUGAGAUACACAACCAAGAAGAAGAAGCCGUGCCCAAAGUGGGUUCGUACAUGCCUUCGCAUUUUCUUUGGAGGGGUGACUUUCUUUGUGGCUGUGGCUGUGCCAUUUUUGGGAAGCCUAGCACUUCUAAUUGGAGGUAUGGUAUUACCUAUGACUUUUGCUUAUCCAUGUUUCAUGUGGAUUGCAAUGAAGAAACCUCGACCAAAUGGUGUGGUUUGGUCUAUAAACUUGGGGCUUGGUUGCCUUGGCAUUUUCUUCAGUGUUCUAAUAGUUAUUGCAGCGGCUAGGACCUUAGCUGACAAAGGCUUAAAUGCCAACUUCUUCAGGCCUUAUUGACAGAUACAUUAUUUGUAAGAAAUUAAACCAAUUAAUCAUUUGAUAGAAUAUACAUCUAUAUAUAGAAGUUUUCUCGUACUGUAUAUAAGGAAAUUUUGGAGGAGAAUGAAAUAUUUUGAGGAAA